AAUGUGACACUACUGGAUCGUUAUAUGGGUAAUAAAUUAACUAAUGGGAUUCUACAUCUCACUGCAACUCACCUGAUCUAUGUGGAGGCUUCUGGUGCAGACCGGAAAGAAACAUGGAUUGCACUGCAUCACAUUGCCACUGUGGAGAAGUUGCCCAUUACUAGCCUGGGCUGUCCCCUGGUUCUGCACUGCAAAAACUUUCGGGUGGCCCACUUUAUUUUAAACUCUGACGCAGUGUGCCAUGAGGUUUAUAUUUCGCUGCUCAAGCUUUCUCAGCCAGCAUUACCUGAAGAUCUGUAUGCUUUUUUUUAUAAUCCCAAAUCCUCAAAAGAGAUGAGGGAAAAUGGAUGGAAACUGAUUGACCCAGUAUCAGACUUUGGGCGUAUGGGAAUACCUAACAAGUACUGGACCAUAAUAGAUGCCAACAGAAAUUAUGAGAUAUGCAGUACCUAUCCUCCUGAAAUAGUGGUUCCUAAAUCUGUUACCUUGGAAACGGUGGUUGGAAGUUCGAAGUUCAGAAGUAAAGAACGGUUACCUGUACUCUGCUACCUGUACAAAGAAAACAAUGCUGCCAUUUGCCGCUGUAGCCAGCCUCUGUCUGGAUUUUACACUCGCUGCCUAGAUGAUGAGCUCUUGAUAGAGGCUAUUGGCCAUACAAACCCAGGGAGCCAAUUUAUGUAUGUCAUAGACACAAGACCAAAGUUGAAUGCCCUGGCCAACCGAGCAGCUGGGAAGGGGUAUGAAAAUGAAGACAACUAUGCCAACAUUCGCUUCAGGUUCAUGGGAAUUGAGAACAUCCAUGUGAUGCGGAACAGCCUGCAGAAACUCAUAGAAGUUUGUGAAUUGAAAACUCCAACAAUGAGUGAAUUUCUUAGCGGCCUGGAGAGCUCAGGGUGGUUGAAACACAUUAAAGCUAUUAUGGAUGCUGGAAUUUUCAUUGCAAAGGCAGUGAAGAUAGAAAGAACCAGUGUCUUAGUCCACUGUUCUGAUGGGUGGGACCGCACAGCACAAGUCUGCUCUGUGGCCAGCAUCCUCCUAGAUCCAUUUUAUAGGACUCUCAAAGGUCUCAUGAUCCUGAUUGAGAAGGAAUGGAUAUCCAUGGGCCACAAGUUCUCCCAAAGGUGUGGCCAUUUGGAAGGGGACCCUAAAGAAGUAUCCCCUGUUUUCACCCAGUUCCUAGACUGUAUCUGGCAAUUGAUGGAACAAUUUCCUUGUGCCUUUGAGUUUAAUGAAAUCUUCCUGCUGGAGAUCCAUGACCAUAUUUUUUCCUGCCAAUUUGGGAACUUCCUUGGAAACUGCCAGAAGGAUCGGGAAGAUAUGAGAGUCUAUGAGAAAACCUAUUCCGUGUGGCCUUUCUUGGCUCAGAGGAAAUCAGACUUCAGGAACCCUCUCUAUAAAGGCUUCACUAUGUAUGGGAUGCUCAAUCCUAGCACUGUGCCUUACAACAUUCAGUUCUGGUGUGGGAUGUAUAACCGCUUUGACAGAGGGCUGCAUCCCAAGCAGAGUAUGCUAGAGAGCCUCCUGAAAGUUAAGAACCAGAGAAUAGUGCUGGAGGCAGAUGUGCACAAACUAGAAGAGAAAUUGGAAGCCUGUGAUGAGCCGCUAGAAGAAGUCUGCACCUGCUCUCAAUUAGGAAAUUUAUCACCUCCGCAUCUGGGAAGUCCUUUGACCAGUUCUUUUGACUUUAUGACUAUUGAUGGAGAUCUGAAUGCCUUGAUGGGGAAUGGCACCUUGUCCACAGAAGGAGGCCUCCAAGCUCAGAUGGAUCAAGUAAAAAGCCAGGGUGCAUACUGCCACCAUGACUGGUGUGCGGUUAUGGGCAGCCUUAGGGCCAUAAAUAUUUCUGAGGAUGUGGGCUUCUCCAGAGACCCAGGCAUCUCUGAGGCCAGGGAUGUCUUUGGGGCCACUGGCUUAUCUGGAGACAUGGGUAUCUCUGGGGUAACAGGCAGCUCUGACAUAGGCAUCUCCAAGGCUAGCACCAAGGAGGCAGGCUGCUCUAAACAACAGUGA